AUGUCGUCCGCGCCGCGCGCCGCGCCGAGCGCGCGAUGCGCCGUCCACCGCCUCGCCGCGAUCGUCCGCGGCGGCGCAGAGGGGCGAAUGCGCGCGAUCCGCCCCAUGCCCGCGCGCGCGUCCUCGUCGUCGCCCUCGUCACGACACCAACACCGCGCCCGCGGCCUCGUCGCGCCGAGCGCGACGAGAUCUGCCGCCGCGCGGUGGCGGCGGCGCGGAUGUCGCGGUGGUCACGGCGACGACCGAUUCUCCGGGAGGGUUUCCGCGAUCGAGGCUGCCGACGACGCGACGUCCGCGCGGCGGCUCGACGACGCCGCGUCCGCGUCCGCGUCGUCGGCGUCGCGGCGGCAGCGCGCGCGCCUCCUCGUCUUCGUCAACGGCAAGAGCGGGGGUCGGAAGGGGGAUCGCGUCCGCGCCAUCUUGCGCGAGCGCGCGGAGGUGGGCGAGCUGACGUGCGUGGAGGUCGUCGACCUCGCGGCGGAUGACGUGGCGGGACCGAAGGACGCGCUGACGCGCUGGUGCGGACGCGACGCCGCGGAGAAGAGGAGGCGAACCGGGCGCGAAGACGAGAACGACGAUGAGAAUGAUGAUGAGAAUGACGAAAACGUGGAGAGGGACGCGGAGAACGACGAGAUUCGCGUCUUGGCGUGCGGCGGCGACGGCACCGUCGCGUGGGUCCUGCAAGCGCUCGAGGAACUCGUGCGCGACGGCGAGAUCGACGCCGCCGCCAAGCCGCACGUCGGGAUCGUUCCCCUCGGGACCGGGAACGACCUCGCGCGCGUCUUCGGAUGGGGCGACCAGGCGCGUUCUCCGUCGAUGAGACAUCUGAUCCCCGUACGACCCCGUCCAAUGAAACUUCCACACGGGUCAUCACAUAACUAA